AAAAAAAAGGCAGGAAGCCUGGGCGUUCUUCCUCUGAGAAAAACAAAAGCGCUGUCUGGGUGAGAAAUUUAUCUCAAGGUUAAAAUCUCAACAGAGAAAGGACAACAAGGCGAAACUAGUAUAGUUAAGGUUCUCUCUGAGAAAAGAUGUCUUUCCAGUCCGAGGAGGAUCUUUCCUGUCCCGUCUGCCAUGACAUCUUUAGGGAUCCCGUUUUCCUGACAUGCAGCCACAGCUUCUGCAAGAUGUGUCUGAAGCACUGGUGGGCACAGAAGAAGCAACAGCAGUGUCCAGUCUGUAAGAAAAUAUCUAAACAGAGAGACCUGCCCUGUAACUUGGUCUUAAAGAACCUCGCUGAGGCCUACUUAAAAAAGAAAGAUCCAAGUGCUUCGGCGGGGUCUGAGGUUCUCUGCAGUCUGCACCACGAGAAACUCAAACUCUUCUGUCUGGACCAUCAGGAGCCAGCAUGUGUCAUCUGUCGUGAUUCGAGAGCACACAUCAACCACAAGUUCAGGCCCAUCGAUGAAGCCACGCAGGAUCAUAAGGAAGAGCUCCAGAAAGCCCUGAAACCAUUACAGGACAAACUGAAGGUCUUACAAAAAGUGAAAGGAAACUUUGAUAUAAGAGAGCAACACAUUAAGAUCCAGGCUCAACAAACAGAGAAGCAGAUCAAGGAGCAGUUUAAGAAGUUUCGCAUGUUUCUGGAUGAGGAAGAGAAGACCAGGCUGGCUGUUCUAAAAAAGGAAGAGCAACAAAAGAGUCAGAAGAUGAAGGAAAAGAUUGCGGCUCUGAGCAGAGAGAUGGCAGGUCUUUCAGCCACAAUCAGAGCUGCAGAGGAGGAGCUGAAAGCUGAAAACAUCUCAUUCCUGAAGAACUACAAGGGUACGAUGAAAAGGGUCCAGCAGUAUCCCUUGAUGGAUGCUCCACAGGUGGUCUCAGAAGCUCUGAUAAAUGUGGCCAAACACCUGAGCAACCUGGGUUACAACAUCUGGAACAAGAUGAAGGGGUUGGUCUCUUACACUCCUGAGACUCCAAAUACUGCUCAUCCAGAACUCUCCAACUAUGAACAUCUGACCAGUGAGAGGCACCAGCUUCCUGACAAGCCAAAAAGUCCCUUCAAGUUUCGGGUUCUGCCCACUCAUGAUGCCAGCAAAGUACAAGCCAGCGGCCCUGGGCUGACCAGCGGCGUCCCCGCCAGCUUCCCCGUUGAGUUCAAUGUUAAUGCUAAAGACGUUGGCCAAGGCCAACUGAGCGUGCUCAUCACGGACCAGGAUGGUAAACCUAAGCAGCCCACGAUCCAUGACAACGGUGAUGGUACAUACCGGGUAUCAUACGUCCCUGACCGUGCUGGCCGGUACACCAUCGUUAUAAAAUAUGGUGGCGAUGACAUCCCAGCAUCACCUUACAGAGUCCGUGCUACAGCAACUGGUGAUGCCAGCAAGUGCACCGUGAGCGGUUCAGGUGUGGGUCCCACUGUGGCCAUUGGUGAGGAGCUGGGUCUGGUAGUGAAUGCAAAGGGUGCUGGUAAAGGGAAAGUGAGCUGUGUGGUGGUUCAGCCCAAUGGCACAGAGGUGGAGGCCGAGGUGCUGGAGAAUGAAGAUGGCACCUUUGACAUCUUCUACACUGCGCCAGCUCCUGGGAACUACGUCAUCUACGUCCGCUUUGGAGGGGAAAACAUCCCGCGCAGUCCCUUCAAAGUCACGGUGAAGUCGGAAAGCUACCAGCCAGAUGGUACGAGCGUUAACGGCAGUGGCUUCAGACCUUUCGACAUGGUGAUUCCUUUUGCAUUCAGGAAGGGAGAAAUCACUGGUGAGGUGUUGAUGCCUUCAGGUAAAUCCGCUCAGCCUCUCAUCACAGACAACCUGGAUGGGACGGUCACAGUGCAGUACUCUCCUACUGAGGCCGGUCUGCACGAGAUGCACAUCAAAUACAAUGGCACACACAUCCCAGAAUCUCCCCUUCAGUUCUGUGUGAAUCACACCAGCAGUCCCAACGUCACAGCCUACGGUCCUGGUCUGAGUUAUGGUGUCGCCAACAAGUUAGCUACCUUCACAGUCUUCACAGAGGACGCCUCCGAAGGAGGUCUGGACCUGGCUAUCGAGGGUCCGUCCAAAGCGGAGAUCAGCUGUGUGGACAAUAAAGACGGGACCUGCACCGUCAGCUACCUGCCCACGCUGCCAGGAGACUACAACAUCCUGGUCAAAUACAAUGACGAGCACAUCGCUGGCAGCCCGUUCACCGCCAGGAUCACCAAGGACAACCAGCGGCGCUGUCAGGUCAAACUGGGCUCGGCUGCAGAUUUUUCUCUGGACAUCAAUGAGACGGACCUCAGCCUGCUCAGCGCCAGCAUCAGGUCGCCCUCUGGACGUGACGAGCCCUGCUUGCUGAAGAGGAUGGCCAACAACCACAUCGGUAUCUCCUUCAUCCCCCGGGAAGUGGGCGAGCACCAGGUCAGCAUCCUGAAGAAUGGUCGUCAUGUCGCCAACAGUCCCAUCACCAUCAUGGUCGUCCAGUCUGAGAUUGGCGACACCAGUCGAGUCAAAGCUCACGGUGACGGCCUCGUCCAGGGAACCACCUUCAACAACGCCAGCUUUAUAGUCGACACGCGGGAGGCAGGUUAUGGCGGUCUGGCUCUGUCCAUUGAAGGUCCAAGUAAGGUAGACAUCCAAACAGAGGACAUGGAGGACGGGACCUGUAGAGUCACUUACUGUCCGACCGAACCUGGAAACUACAUCGUCUCAAUCCGCUUCGCUGAGGAGCAUGUGCCAGGAAGCCCAUUCACGGUGCGGGUGACGGGUGAGGGUCGUAUUCGGGAGAGCAUCACCAGACGACAGAAGGCGGCGUCUGUCGCCAGUGUCGGGAGUGUGUGCGACCUCAGCCUAAAGAUACCAGUUAAUCGCCUCGUGAAUGUAUGGAACGCCAGAGAGACAUCAACCCUGACACUGGAUUCGGCAAUUCAGGCAUCCAGCAGCUUCAUGCAGAGCACUGUGUCCAGGCUGGGUGACUCUAAUGCCAGCAAGGUGGUGAGCCGAGGAGCUGGCCUGAGCAAGGCCUUUGUGGGCCAGAAGAGCAACUUCACUGUUGACUGCAGCAAAGCAGGUCCCCUGCGAGGAGGUGCUGGUCAAACACGUGGGCAACCUGCAGUACAACGUCAGCUACGUACUGAAGGAACGGGGCAACUACAUCCUGGUGGUCAAGUGGGGUGAGGACCACAUCCCUGGCUCCCCCUUCCACGUCACCGUCCCCUGAUGAGCCAAGAAACCUUCCGUCUCUCCUCCUGCACCAUUUUGCAUCCCCAUUUGAGUUAAAAGACACAUAAGUUGCACGACAAAUAACUGUCCAGUGAACAAGCUGCUGAGCAAAGCUUUCUCUGCUAACUUUGUUUUCAGCUCAAAUCAGAUGAUUUUUGAGGAUUUUCUGAAGCAACUCAUUUACAUUUUGAAAUGUUUCUCCUUGAUAUAGAAAAAUGUCAGAAUUAAAGAAAACAUUAGAGAAAAUAAAUGCACCACUGAAUAGAGACUUUGAACUCUUAGACACUUUUCUGGUAGUGAAUCAUUGAAGCGAAAUGGUAGAUGUACUCUAGUUUACUAGAUUGAACUGACUGAAGGUAAAAAAUCUAAAAUCUGUCGAUUUAAAACUGCCCUGGAUUUUUCAAUUGGCUCAUUUUGCACUUGAAUUUUUAUCCUAGAUUCGUGAAUAACAUUUGCUGGUUUUACACAGGUAGUUCAUCCACCUGCACAUCAGCUGGUGUUGAACUGAAUAUGUUAAGUUUGAAGUGAAACAAGUGGAUCCAAAGCUUUUAAAUACCUAUGUGCAAAAAUAUAUAUGCAUAACUGGAAUUUCACAGGACAAAACUCAGAACUGUAGAGACACUUGACAUGAGGUUUUAUUAAACCCCGAUUCUUUUGUCCCCAUGAUAGAACAGAGAAAACCCGACUCAUAGUGGUCAAAACAUUUUAUAUUUCUUUUAUUUCAAUCAUCUUCCGGAAGAGAGAGCCCUGCACAGCCCCAAAAGCCAGUUGCAGGAUCUCUAACAUUUGAAGCUCAAGAUAUGUCUCAUAUAGUGUUAUUUUUGUACUUCAGACGUCACACCCAUCACACACAGUUUCAUUACCAACAUUCCUUAUAUGGUACAAGUUCCUCUUUUCUGUCUGGCUUCCUGUAUUUAUUAAUAUGCUGUACAGCUCUACACUUCCUGUUUUUCAGUCUGGGUGAGCACUUACAGUGGCUUGCAAAAGUAUUCGGCCCCCUUGAA